GCCCGGCCCGCCGCUAUGAAGCUGCUGGGCCUCGGCCGGGCCUUUUAUACCCUCCCCGUCACGUGGCCUCGCCCCGCCCCUUUCGUCAUCACCGCGAGCGGCAGCAUGGCGGCGGUGGCAGCGGGGGUGGCGCCGGUGAGUGCCCGGUUCCUCACCUCCAAGGAGCAGUUCCACGCGUUCCUGCGGGCCGGGGGCGAGCCCAGCGGCCGGGGGGGCGGGGAGGACGGGGAGGAGGUCGAGGAGAAGAAGGAGGAUGAGGAUGAGGAUGUCGGCAGCCCCCAGAGCGAGCCCCCCGCCAAACGGGUGAGGCCGGAGGAGCCGGGUCAGGAUGGGGAGAGCCGAGAGGAGGAUGGAGCAGCGGAGAAGGAGCCGGCGGAGCGGAAGCGGGCGCGGGGGCAGAACAAGAGCCGGCCGUGCAUGAAACCCACCCGCUACGAGCAGAACAGGCUGUGCCCGUCGGUCACGCAGGGCUGUGCAGAGAAGUGCUACUUCGGCGCGCGGUGCCGCUUUCUCCACGAUGUCGGCGAGUACAUGGCCGCGAAGCCGGGCGACCUGGGCCACAGCUGCGUGCUCUUCCAAACCUUCGGCAAGUGCGUUUACGGUGUCACCUGCCGCUUUGCCCAGUCCCACCUCGGCGCCGGCUACCAGAACAUCGUCAACGCGGACCUGGCCAAGCAGUGGGAAGGGAAGACGCUGGUGAGGAACAACCUCUCCAAGGACCUCCAGCACCAGCUGCGCAAGAAGAAGUUUAACUUCAAGAAGGCCGAUGAGUAUCUCCGCGGUCUGGCCAAGCCCCACGGUGAUGGUGGGAAGGGCGGCAAAGCCACCGGGUGCUCUGCAGAGGAGCAAGAGGUGCCCAACUGCACAACAGCCCAGGAGGGCCUGGAAGACGGCCCCGAAUGUCCUGUGCGACCAGAGCAAGGAGAAGAUCCCAAACCAGACGCCUGGCAGAGUGGCGAGGAGCCUUCCUCCAUCAAAACAGCCGGCCCGGUGACGGAUGAAGAUCUUAUAAAGCUGCGGGCAUGCGAGAAGAAGAAGCUAGAAAUCCAAGGCAAGCUCUACUUGGCUCCACUCACCACGUGUGGUAACCUCCCUUUCCGAAGGAUCUGCAAGCGCUUCGGGGCGGAUGUCACCUGCGGAGAGAUGGCUGUGUGCACCAACCUGCUCCAGGGCCAGUCCUCCGAGUGGGCUCUCCUUAAACGCCAUCACACCGAAGAUAUUUUUGGGGUGCAGCUGGAAGGGGCGUUUCCAGACACGAUGACCAAAUGUGCAGAGCUCCUGAACCAGACAAUUGAAGUGGACUUUGUAGACAUCAACGUGGGGUGUCCCAUUGACCUGGUCUACAAGAAGGGAGGAGGCUGCGCCCUGAUGACUCGGACCAACAAGUUUGAACAGAUCGUCCGAGGGAUGAACUCGGUGCUGGACGUCCCGCUGACUGUGAAGAUACGGACGGGGGUGCAAGAGAAGAUGAACGUGGCUCACAAAAUAAUCCCCAAGAUCCGCGAGUGGGGAGCGUCCAUGGUCACGCUCCACGGCCGGUCGCGGGAGCAGCGCUACACGAGGGGCGCGGACUGGGACUACAUAGCAGAGUGUGCCAGAAUAGCCAGCCCCAUGCCUCUCUUCGGAAACGGUGAUAUUUUGUCUUAUGAAGAUGCUAAUCGAGCCCUGCAGAUGGGCGUUUCGGGAAUCAUGAUCGCAAGAGGGGCGCUCAUCAAACCGUGGCUUUUCACUGAAAUUAAGGAGCAGCGCCACUGGGAUAUCUCUUCCAGUGAGAGAUUUGGGAUCCUCAAGGACUUCACCAGCUACGGCCUCGAGCAUUGGGGCUCGGACACGCAGGGGGUGGAGAAGACGAGGAAGUUCCUGCUGGAAUGGCUCUCGUUCCUCUGCAGGUACAUCCCAGUCGGCUUAUUAGAACACCUACCUCAGAAAAUUAACGAGCGACCGCCUUACUACAUGGGGAGAGACUAUCUGGAGACGCUGAUGGCAAGCCAGAACGUGGAUGAUUGGAUUAAAAUAAGCGAGAUGCUUCUGGGCCCUGUACCUACCAGCUUCACCUUCCUGCCCAAACACAAGGCCAAUUCCUACAGAUAGGGCUGAGGAGCCCUUUCCUGUGGCUGCGACUCAAGCGGAGGCAUCGAGGGGCGGGUUGCCUCCAAAGUGAAAUAAAGGUUGAUGUUUUUAGAA